UCUCCAUGAGCAGAUAUGACACGUAGGCUAGGCUACAAAACUUCUGUUCCAUAGAAUCAUGAGUGCACUGCCAUACUCCCCGGAGACUAAUAAAACUAAGAACGAAAGUAUGUAUAAUAAUAAUAUCAACAAAUAUCCGUUAGCCUAUGUGAAGAACUGCAAGUAUGUUUUUUACUCAACUCUGAAUACAGCGUCCGGUUUGGUCUACCUAGCAGUUCUCUAUGAAAUGUUUAUAGCCUAUUUGAAAUGGUCUUGUUGCACCGCGCCUUAUCCGAGGCGUGGAUAUUUUGCAGCGUGCCAUUGUGGUAAAGUUGGUUUUUAAGUUAGAUAUCCAACAGUAAUUCGGACAACAUGUCUCGUUUAUUUAGUCGACUCUUUCCUGCUCUCACCCGGUAGGCUACUUAGAGCGCAACAGUAGGCAGUCACCGGGUAGGUUACAUCUACAGACCUUUCCUUGACUCAGAACACUGAAAUAGGAUUCGAACUUCUCACUUCUGAUUCUUGAUUUACUGCCCCACUUUCUAAAUGUACUCGUAGACCUAUUGGCUGUCACUUCAGAUGAAAUCGUUUGCCGAAAUAAAAUGUAGGCUAAACUAAAUUUAAAAAAAUUAAGAAUGGCAUGUUGCAUAUUGAGUGUAGCCUAAACAUUUUAUGACACCUUGUCAAAGAGUCCAAAGAUUAAAUUCCAUAAAAUACCUCUCGCUAAUGGACCAAUCCGAUGUGUGAUAUAGGAAGUCAGACAGGCUCCGUAUGAAGGAAGAAUCGUAAGAAGACUUGUGACAUUUGUGACAUGUGCAUAACAACCUACGUGAUAAAACAGGUCUAGAAAAUGGCAGCGGAGCUUAGCAGGGUUCGAACCAGGUUCAUAGAAAAAGUGUCCAAGGCUUUAACCAGAAGUCUCCUGGAUGACCUUCUGGAGGCCAGGGUGUUGAACCAGGGAGAAUCUGAGGAGAUACUGGAAGACAAUUGUGGAAGGCGGGACCAGGCGCGCUGCCUUAUCGACAUAGUCAGGAAAAAAGGAGAUCAUGCCAGCAACCAAAUGAUAGAUUUUAUAUGUGGUAGAGAUGAACUCCUACACGCUGAACUGGGUUUGUCUCAAGUCCAACCAGCGCCCCAGCCUAAGCCCCAGCCUCAGGCCCAGCCUCAGGCCCAGCCUCAUCCCCAGCCUCAGCCCCAGUCUCAGGCUCGCCCACUGUCGUCUGUCCUAAUUCCCAGCUUGGAGAAGUUCAAAGCUGACAUACUUCAGAGCAAAGAGAUAUACCAUAAGGACCCGCGUGAUUGCACUCGCCUGGCUCUGCUCAUCACCAACAUCCAGUUUGCAGCUGAGGACCUGCUGAGGCGCGGUGCUGAGAGGGACGAGGAGAACAUGGAGGUUCUGCUCCGAGGGCUGGGCUACCAGGUGGUCAAGCUCAGGAACCUCUCAGGCCAGCAAAUGGACGAUGCGGUCAGGAAGUUCUCCCAGCGCAUGGAGCACACCACAGCAGACAGCACCUUCGUGGUCAUCAUGUCCCACGGGAAGCUGGGGCAGAUCCUGGGGGUCAACCAUGACGAGGAUGCGGGUCAACCAGACGUGUUUCCUGUCGACAACAUUUUCACACACCUGAACACGAAGCACUGCAAAGACCUGCGGAACAAACCUAAGGUCAUCAUCAUCCAGGCCUGUCGAGGAGAGAAAGAGGGCUCUGUGAUGGUCUCAGACACGGUGCCUGUGUCUGGUCAUGACCUGGAGGAGGACUCUAUUAAGGAACACAAAGAAAAGGAUUUCAUCUCCAUCUUGUCCAGCACCCCAGAUACCGUGUCCUUCAGACACAAGGAAAAGGGCUCCUUAAUGAUCCAGUAUAUCGUGGAGACUUUCAACACAUACGCCUGUGAUAAACACAUCUCUGAAUUGUUCACCAGGGUUAUGAGACGAUUUGAAGCAAAAGAACAUGGUAAAUGUCAGAUGCCCUCCAUCGAUAGAUGCACUCUGGUGAAGGAAUUCUACCUGUUCCCAGGCCUCUGACAGCGCAUCACAGCCCAGGCCUCUGACAGCGCAUCACAGUCACGGGGGGAUUUGAACCUGUGACCUCUUGAUCUGCAGUCCAAAGUUUUACCACUCAGUUAUAAUCUCACAAUCACACUCACACUAAAUGUAUUUUAGAUACAUUAUAUAUACCUUUAAUGCAGCACAUGUACAACAAUGGGAUUUUCCUUUAUUAUGGAACAAUAUAUUUACAUUUAGUCAUUUUUACAUUUACAGUACUUUACUCAUGCAAGGUGAUAAUGGGCAACAUGUACUUUAAUUCUCUGUCUUCUUUAUGCUCUUUUAUGCUCUUUAGUAUCCAGCAUCCUAUGCUUCAGACCAGAUGUAGCCAGCAUAAAGGGGCAGGAUGUUGUGCUUUGUAAGACAUAGCAUCAUCAUGAACAGAAUGUCACAUGACCUUUUCUUUCAAAGCUUCUCAGCUUCUUUACCAAACCUCAAGUGAAUGUGGUCAGUUUUAUAAUGAAUCUGGUAAUGACCUGGUAAAAGGGAUAUAUCAUAUUUUUUAACAUACAGUGUACUGUAUACACAGACAUAACCUGUCUGCAUAUACCGUAUGCGUAAACCUGUUUUGUUUUGCUCCUAGUGGUUAACAACUUUGAAAUAAAUGAGUGGUGUAUAAGUUA